AUGACAGAGGAAAUUGUAAAUUUGUUUGUAACAAAAUAUGGAUCUGGUGAUAUAUAAAAGAAUUAAUUGCUUUAGUAAUCAAUAUAAAAGGUCUUACUUAAGGAGGGAGCAAAUUCUUAAGUCUUAACAAAAUUAAGAAAGAAACUUGGUUAAUCUUAAUCGCAAUAAUAAUUUUUUCCAGUUUUGGGAAAUGGAGAAUGUGGAUAAUCAACAAAGGCUCCAAUAGAUUCAUAAAGAAAAACAUUUGAUGGUUUCACAAAACGUGUGUAACCAUUUUAAAGAACUUACUUAUAAUCAUUUGAUUAAAUAUCUGAAACUUCUGAGAAAGCACCAAAAUCAAUUUAUUAUGUAGAUAGAUAAGAUGUAUAAUAUUUUGACGUAAUUAUAGGAAGAUGAAUGGGCUGCAUUAAUGAAAUUUGAUGCGUAACUGUAUUAAAAGGAAUAGGAGAGAAAGAAAGAAUUACUUUAAUAAAAGAAAGCUUAAAUGAAGAAGGAGUUGGAUAUGUAGUUGAAAAUAAAAUAGGAGAGAAAAGAGAGAGAGAAGGAUUUAGAAGAGAAAUAUAAUAAUUUUUAAAGUGAUUUAUUGUAAAAGAAAAAUGAGUAAGAAUAAGAAAAAUAGAUAUCAGCAAAAAAUAAAUUAUUGUAAUUGUAAUCAGAGAGAGAUGUUUAGUUAAAUAAUAAAAAAAAGAAAUAGCAUAGUGAGGAUAGAGAGUUACGAAAUUACAAAAAAGAAAUAAGUUAAAGAUAUUAGGAUGAAUUGUAGAGAUAAAUUGAUGAAGAAAAUAGAAUAAAAUUAAUGAAGAGAGAAUAUAUGUUUAAAGUAAUGAAAUAAUCAGAAACAGAUAAAAUGGUAAUUUAGUAAAAGUAGAAAGAAUAAGAGAGAUUAGAGUAGGCAAAUUGUGAGAAGUAAGGAUUUUGAAUUAAUUUAUAAAUAGAUAUGGAGAAUUACUUGAUUAAAUAGAAUAAAGAAGAAUUGAAGAAAAUAGAAAAAAGAAAGAAAAAGUUGAUAAAAAUAAUGCUUGGAGUGAAUCAUAAUUAUUAAGAUAUAAAUUAGAAAAAGAGGAUGAUCAUAAAAUGUAGUAUUGGAAAACAAUAGAAGAAUAGAAGUUUUUAGAGGAAGAAUAAAAGAAGAAAAAUAGAGUGAAUGAACUUAAAUAGAAAACAAUUUAAUCAUUAGAAUAAUCAAUAAAACUUAAAUAAAUAAAGAAAUUAUAAGAGAAAGAAUUAGAUAAUUUAUAAGGUUAGGUAUGGAAAUAAGAUACAGAAAGAUUCUUUUAAGAAGAAUAAGAUAAAUUGGAUUAAAUAAAAAAAGUGAAAAUAGAACAUAAGAAAAUACUGUAAAAAUAGAUGUAAGAUAAAAUAAAACCUGAAAGAGGAGAAAAGAUGAGUAUUCCAGAGCUUUUAUAGAACAAAGCAAUUUUAAAAACAAUUAAAGAGAAGGAUAUUUAUGAUUUAGAGAAAACAGUUGUUUGA